AUGGCAGCCAAUGGCGUACUAGUUGGACCAUGGGGAGGUAAGGGUGGAGUUAAUCCCUGGAUAUUCAUCCCCAACGGUAGAAUUUCACAAAUUUGUGUCAGCGCCUCUGGGUGUAUAGAUUCUAUCAGGUUCACUUACAUAGAUCAUCAAGGAGUCCAAAAACACUCGGAAAGAUAUGGAGGUGAUGGUGGGUUAGCUCAAACGGUUACAUUUAUUGACGAUGAGCACUUCAUCGGGAUUACCGGAACUGUGGGAGUAUACGAAGGCUACACUGUGAUUACGUCAUUGUCUUUCCUUACAAACAUAAAGAACUAUGGGCCAUAUGGUACAAACCAAGGGACUAGUUUCUCUCUCCCUGUCACUAAGGGUAGCUUUGUUGGAUUAAGCGGAAACUAUGGAGCAUAUAUCGACUCUUUCAGUGUCAUUCUUCAAUCAUCUUCUGUUGGGAACAUAUUCAGCACAAACAUGGCAAGCAAUAAAAUACAUGUCGGACCAUGGGGUGGUAAGGGUGGAGUUAAGCCCUGGACAUUCAUCCCCAACGGUAGAAUUUCAAAAAUUUGUAUCAGCGCCUCUGGGUGUGUAGAUUCUAUCAGGUUCACUUACAUAGAUCAUCAAGGAGUGCAAAAACAAUCGGAAAGAUAUGGAGGUGAUGGUGGUUCAGCUCAUACACUUACACUUGUUGAUGAUGAGCACUUCAUUGGGAUUACGGGGACUGUGGGAGUAUAUGAGCGCUACACAGUGAUUACAUCAUUGUCUUUCCUUACAAACAGAAAGAACUAUGGGCCAUAUGGCACAAACCAAGGGACUAGUUUCUCGCUGCCUGUUGCUAUUGUGUCAUUCUUCAAUCUACUUCCCUUGAGAAACACAUUUAGCUCAAACACGGCAAGCAAUAGAAUACAUGUUGGACCAUGGGGAGGUAACGGUGGAGUCAAACCUUGGACAUUCAUCCCUAAUGGUAGGAUUUCCCAAAUCCGUAUCAGUGCUUUUGGGUGUGUUGAUUCCAUCAGGUUCACCUAUAUAGAUCAUCAAGGUGUCCAAAAAUACUCGGAAAGAUAUGGAGGUGACGGUGGUUCACUUUAUAAGGUUACAUUUGUUGACGAUGAGCACCUCAGCGGGAUUACUGGAACCGUGGGAAUAUAUGAACGUUACACUGUGAUUACGUCAUUGUCUUUCCUCACCAACAAAAAGAACUAUGGGCCAUACGGCACAAACCAAGGGACUAGCUUCUCAUUGCCGGUCGCUAAGGGUAGCUUUAGUGGAUUCAGCGGAAACUAUGGCGCAUACAUCGACACUUUCAGCGUCAUUCUUCAAUCAUCUUCCCUUCAGAAAAUAUUCAGCACAAACAUGGCAAGUAACGGAAUACAUGUCGGACCAUGGGGAGGUAACGGUAGAGUGAAGCCUUGGACAUUCAUCCCUAAUGGUAGGAUUUCCAAAAUUUGUAUCAAUGCCUCUGGGUGUGUAGAUUCUAUCACGUUCACCUACAUAGAUGAUCAAGGUGUGCAAAAACAAUCGGAAAGAUAUGGAGGUGAUGGUGGUUCACCUCAUACGGUUACAUUUGUUGACGAUGAGCACUUCAUCGGGAUUUCCGGAACUGUAGGAGUAUAUGAACACUACACUGUGAUUACUUCACUGUCUUUCGUUACUAACAAAAAGAACUAUGGGCCAUACGGCACAAACCAAGGGACUGGUUUCUCGUUGCCGGUCGCUAAAGGUAGCUUUGGUGGAUUUAAAGGAAACUAUGGAGCAUAUAUCGACUCUUUCAGCGUCAUUCUUCAAUCAUCUUCCCCUGAGAACAUAUUCAAAUCAAAUAUGGUAAGCAAUGAAAUACAUGUUGGACCAUGGGGAGGUAACGGUGGAGUUAAACCUUGGACAUUUAUCCCUAAUGGUAGGAUUUUCCAGAUCCGUAUCAACGCAUCUGGGUGUGUAGAUUCUAUUAGGUUCACCUACAUAGAUCAUCAAGGUGUCAAAAAACACUCGGAAAGAUAUGGAGGUGAUGGAGGUUCAUCUCAUAUGGUUACAUUUGUUGAUGAUGAGCACUUUAUCGGGAUUACCGGAACUGUGGGAGUAUAUGAAGGCUACACGGUGAUUAGAUCAAUGUCUUUCCUUACCAACAAAAAGAAGUAUGGGCCAUACGGCACAAACCAAGGGACUAGUUUCUCGUUGCCGGUUGCUAAGGGUAGCUUUAGUGGAUUUAGCGGAAACUAUGGGGCAUACAUCGACUCUUUUAGUGUCAUUCUUCAAUCUUCUUCCUUUGGGAAAAUAUUCACCUCAAACAUGGAGAGCAAUAGAAUACAUGUUGGACCAUGGGGAGGUAACGGUGGAAUUAAGCCCUGGACAUUCAUCCCAAACGGUAGGAUUUCCCAGAUCCGUAUCAGUGCCUCUGGGUGUGUAGAUUCUAUCAAGUUCAUUUACAUAGAUAAUCAAGGUGUCCAAAAAUAUUCAGAAAGAUACGGAGGUGAUGGUGGCUCAACUCAUAUUGUUACAUUUGUUGACGAUGAGCACUUCAUCGGUAUUACCGGAACUAUAGGAGUAUAUGAACGCUACACUGUGAUUACGUCAUUGUCGUUCCUUACCAACAAAAAAAAUUAUGGGCCAUACGGUACAAACAAAGGGACUAGUUUCUCGCUGCCGGUCGCUAAGGGUUGCUUUGGUGGAUUCAGCGGAAACUAUGGAGCAUACAUCGAUUCUUUCAGUGUCAUUCUUCAAUCAUCUUCCACUGAGAACAUAUUCAAAUCAAACAUGGUAAGCAAUGAAAUACGUGUUGGACCAUGGGGAGGUAACGGUGGAGUUAAGCCCUGGACAUUUAUCCCCAAUGGUAGGAUUUUCCAGAUCUGUAUCAACGCCUCUGGUUGUGUAGAUUCUAUUAGGUUCACCUACAUAGAUCAUCAAGGUGUCCAAAAGCACUCGGAAAGAUAUGGAGGUGAUGGAGGUUCAUCUCAUAUGGUUACAUUUGUUAACGACGAGCACAUCGUCGGGAUUACCGGAACUGUGGGAGUAUAUGACGGCUACACUGUGAUUACGUCAAUGUCUUUCAUUACCAACAAAAAUAACUAUGGGCCAUACGGCACAAACCAAGGGACUAGUUUCUCUUUGCCGGUCUCAAAGGGUAGCUUUUGUGGAUUUAGCGGAAACUAUGGGGCCUACAUCGACUCUUUUAGUGUUAUUCUUCAAUCCUCUUCCUUUGGGAACAUGUUCACCUCAAACAUGGAGAGCAAUAGAAUACAUGUUGGACCAUGGGGAGGUAACGGUGGAGUUAAUCCAUGGACAUUCAUCCCGAAUGGUAGGAUUUCCCAGAUCCGUAUCAGCGGCUCUGGUUGUGUAGAUUCUAUCAGGUUCGCUUACAUAGAUAAUCAAGGUGUCCAAAAAUAUUCAGAAAAAUACGGCGGUGAUGGUGGCUCAACUCAUAUUGUUACAUUUGUUGACGAUGAGCACUUUAUCGGGAUUACUGGAACUAUAGGAGUGUAUGAACGCUACACUGUGAUUACGUCAUUGUUGUUCCUUACCAACAAAAAAAAUUAUGGGUCAUUCUUCAAUCUAUUUCCCUUGGGAACAUAUUCAACUCAAACAUGGCAAGCAAUGGAAUACAAGUUGGACCUUGGGGAGGUAACGGCGGUGUUAAUCCCUGGACAUUCAUCCCCAAUGGUAGGAUUUCCCAGAUCCGUAUCAGUGCCUCUGGUUGUGUAG